AUGGAAACGAAAUACGUGGGAAAAGAUUUGAAGCAAGCGUUCUACGCGCAAUCGUUUUUGAAGAUAAUCGGUGCUUGGCCUAUUGAAUCUUCUUUAAGCUCGAAGAUACGAAAAUGGUUUAUAAUUUCUUUCUCCAUUUCCUUGCAAAUGUGUAUCGUGAUUCCGUGUAUCUUAGUCAUGUUCCUAAAAGAGAAGAAUGGAAGAAGAAAAAUAAAUCUGUUAAUGCUGCUCACCAAUACUUUGAAUCAAGUGUUCAAGUAUGUGAUCACGCUAAAUAGAGCGAACGAAUUGAGAAUAGCUAUACACGAAAUAAAAAAAGAUUGGUUGACCGCCACACCUGAAGAUCGAUUUGUCUUUGUCGCGAAUUCAAGGAUCGGUCAACGAAUAAUGCUGAUAAUAGUUGUCACCAUGUAUAGCAGUGGUCUCGGUUAUCGAAUGCUUCUUCCACUUUUAAAAGGGAAAAUUAUUCUACCGAAUAAUGUUACCAUAAGACUACUCCCCUGUCCAACUUACUUUACUUUUUUUAACGAAUUAGUUAGCCCAUACUACGAGAUGAUCUUCAUGCUGCAACUUCUGGCUGGAUUUUUCAUUUAUACAGUUCUCAGUAGCACCGUCGGAAUUUCCUUGAUGCUUUCUCUCCACAUGUGUAGCUUGUUGAAGAUUUUAAGGAGAAAAAUGAUCGAUCUCGCGGAUGGAUCGAUUACCAGCGAGAAUAUUAUGCAGGAGAAGAUUGUGGAUAUCGUGGAAUAUCAAACGAAGAUCAAAAGAUUUUUAGAUAAUACAGAAUUGAUCACGCAAUAUUUUUGUUUUUACGAAAUCAGCUGUAACACUUGCCUUAUAUGUUUCGUAGGAUAUUGCAUUAUUCUGGAAUGGGAAAACCAUAAUAUCGUUGCUAUAGUGGUGCAUUUUAUGCUAUUAGGGACCUGUAUUUUUGUUACAUACAUAGUCUGUUAUAUUGGUCAACUACUCCUCGAUGAAGUAAUACAAACUGCAUUAUUGUCGCGUAUUAUUAUUUAUUUUAACAUGAAUUUAUAUUUUCAGAGCAAUAAUUUAGCGCGAACAUGUAUCACGUUAAACUGGUAUCAUUUUCCAACAAAAAAAGCCCGGUGUUUAAUACUGAUAAUAAUUAUGUCUAAUUAUCCUGUAAAACUGACAGCGGCUAAAGUGGUAGACGUAUCUUUAACCACCUUCACUGAUGUCAUGAAGGCGGCAAUGGGUUAUUUAAAUAUGUUACGAGAAGUUACCUAA